GAAAGAGGGUUCAGUCGUGGUGCAGCGGUGGUAGGAGGAGGGUGACUCGUCCUCACGCUCUAGGCCACUGUCUGUCUGUCUGUCUCUCUCCGUGUUGCACCUAACUCCCGGGCAGUCCAACUACACCAUCUUGUCUGUGUACUCCUCGACAUUAACUAACUAAUAGAUACACUGUGUGGUGACUGUAAACUAACCUAAAGAAUAAAUAUCUUCAAUAAAAGCCAUAUGUUUGCUUCUAUAAAUUUUAGAAAACAAUAAUAAAAAUAGUGUUUUAUGUGAGGAAAAAGUCAAACAAACUGGACAGGGAUGUACGUGGUGGUUGUGAUGGUGGUAGUGGUGGCAGGGUGUUGGGCCAGUCCCCUACCAAUCAGGGUGUCCGCUAAAGCCUCACACCAGGAGCGACUUGCUGCUGCCCACAACCUCCUCACUCAGUCUCCUCUCAUUGACGGGCACAACGACAUGGCGUGGAACGUGAGGAAGUUCCUACACAACAAACUUCACUCCUUCAACCUGUCCAGCGACCUGACCCAGGAGAAGCCUUGGAUGAACUCUCCCUUCUCCCACACUGACCUGCCCAGGCUCAAGCGGGGGCAGGUGGCCGCCCAGUUCUGGUCGGUGUACGUACCGUGUGAGUCACAGUACCUCAACACGGUACAGCUGUUGUUGGAACAGAUCGACGUUGUGAAGAGAAUGAUCGCUGCCAGCCCCGACCACACCGUGCUGGUCACAUCCUCUGCAGAAAUCAUGGAGGAGUUUGAGCGUGGGCGUGUGGGCAGCCUGAUGGGCGUGGAGGGCGGCCAUGGGCUGGCCAGCAGCAUGGGCGUUGUGAGAUCAUUGUAUGACCUGGGCGUCCGCUACGUGACCCUCACACACAAGUGCCACACACCCUGGGCAGAGUGUUCAGAGCGAGGACUUCCACCCCCCAACACCCGAGGCCUCACACCUUAUGGCAAUGAGAUGAUCCUGGAGAUGAACCGCGUGGGGAUGCUGGUGGAUGUGUCGCACGCCUCGGCCAGGACGGCGCGGGACGUGCUGGCCACCUCCCGCGCCCCCGUCAUCUUCUCCCACUCGGCUGCCCGCGCCCUCUGUGACAUAGAGAGGAACGUGCCCGACGACAUCCUCAGCUCCCUGGCGGUGAACGGAGGCAUCGUGAUGGUGAGUUUCUACAACAACUUCCUGACGUGUGGGGAAGCGGCCUCUAUCAAGGACGUCAUCGCUCACAUCAACCAUGUCCGCAGCAUGGCGGGGGUGGACUACGUGGGGCUGGGAGCUGGCUACGACGGCAUCAACAGGACUCCCGCGGGCCUGGAGGACGUGUCUAGGUAUCCUGAACUGUUCGCCGAGCUGCUGAAGGAUACCUCCUGGUCUCUUCAGGACCUCAAGAAGCUGGCGGGCCUCAACCUCCUGCGGGUGUUGAGGAAAGUGGAGCAGGUGCGCGAGCAGCUGGCGGGGGAGAAGCCGUCCGAGGAAAUUAUCCCCAUCCACGACAUAGACACUCGCUGGCCCUGCAGGUACAAGUUCUCCAGCCUCGACCACGCCCGCACCUGACCUUCCACGCCCACCACCACACCCACAACUAUAACUACACCCACCACGUCUACCACCACGACUACGACCACGCCCACAAAAACGACUUUAACUAUACCCACCACCAUGACUAAGACCACGUCCAUUACCACGACUGCAACUACUCCCACCACUACGACUACAAGCACAAUCUCAUGCUAGCCUAGAAUAAAUGAGAUAUCCAACCUCGUCCACGUCCUCUCGCCAGGUAAAAAAACCCAGCGCUUCCCUCUUCUUAAGACACAAGAAUCACAGGGAUCGCCGUAAUGGUUCACUCGAGGUUGGAUUCCUGAUAGGAGUUGACCUUACCUAACAUCUACCACGACGCCGAGACUCAAUCAAGAAGUUGGCUGGCAGGAUGAACCUUGACCUUGUUUGUCUCGUUUUGUAACACAAUAACUCUCCUGUAGCCUCCAGCUCACCUGCCCUAUACCGUUUGGCCUCACCUGCUGCUACAAGCGAGCGUUAUUAAUCUGUGUGUUGUACAAUACAUAAGUGGUAUUGUGUAAUGAUGACAAACAUUAAUGUAAACACAACGCCAAACUAGACAUACGUCAGUGAGUGCCGUCGUGGCUCUAGUUAUUGUCUUGAACAUUCACUGAAAGGUGAUUCUUAUCUUACCCAUGUGACUGAUGAUGUGAUAUACACAAAUUCUUUAACAUUUAAAUGAAUUAAAUGGUGACAACUCAAAGGUAUCAGGUAUCAAGUGUACCCACAAAGAGCACUUUCCUCUACAGAUGCAAUUUCGUGGUCAACUUGUGGAGAGGAAAACAUUGUGUGUCAAGCCACAGAUGUUGUGGUCACCUGUAAUGUCAGGAGGCCGGUGCUAAGCUCAACGAAGGAGUCACAGGUAACUACGUGUACAGGUGAGACCACGAGCUCACAACAUCACCUGUGGUUGUCGAGUCAACUGAGCAGUUGUAUUAAUGUAGUAAUAUUGAAAAGUAUUUGGGACUUUGAUCGAGUUUAGAUUUAGUGUUGAUAGUGAGAGAGAUAAUGGCACUGAUAACCGUAGAUGAAGUUGUAGUAGAAAUAUUGCUAAUUGUGAUAUAAGUAAUACGAGUAGUAUUUAGUAGUUAAGGUAACAGUAGACGUAGCAGAAGUUACAAGAGAGGGGACAGUAAGAGUAGGAGCAUUUUUUUUUACUCAAGAGUUGUAGAGGAGAAAAGCCAAUAGAAUUAUUAGUUAAUCAGGUGUAGUAGCAGUAGGUGUAUCACUAACACCAGGUAUUGAAUUUCUACAAAAUCUUUCCUGUAUGACACCUGUUGCGUGGUGGCCAGAAACAUAAUUACCACCAACCUGUGACCACCUGUAUGUACCGUAACUUCUCGCUCUGAUACCCUCACCUAGCUCCCUCACCCUGACACUUUCACCCUGUCCCUCACCUGGCUCCCUUACCCUGACUCCCUUACCACACACACGCACACACACACACACACACACACACACACACACACACAGUGCAUAUAUUUGAGGAAACAGACGCAUUCACCUUUACAUAUCAAGAGUUUUCCUUAUCUGACUGACUCAGUGAAGCCUCGUGACUCCGCAAGGCCAUCGAUGACUACACACCUACAUUUACUAGCUCUUCAUUGAGUAAGAAAAUAAUGUACUCCAAAAAUCGAUAAAACGAAAAUGAAAGUUUGUAAAUUGUUUUGUUACAGGAAAAACAUUUUGUCACUAAUGUAUUUAACCGAUAAUUACUGUAGUUUCAGAGGAGAACACAGAAACACGUAACAAUAUUGGUGUUAUGAUAAUAGUUACUAUAGUUUCCAUUAUAACACACAAGUUUUUUUUUUUUUUUAGUUCAUUACUUUAUACUUAUGUGUUGUGACGAUGUUAUGAGUUAAUGAUCACUGUUAAUGGUCGAUAACUCACACCAGUAAACUUAAGAAAUAAAGGGAUUUUUUUUUCUGUGUCUGUGUGUCAUUUAAGGUGUUAGUGUGAAUACAUAACUCUGAGAUCAAGUGAAAACAAGUGCCUUAUAAGAGAGAUGUAUGUUUAGGACUCCAAGACAACACCAGUAUUAGCAACAACUCCUGGACAACUUCAUCACUUCUUUACUGUUACUUGUGUAUAGAUCCUGUAUAACUGAACCAAUGUCUGAAUAUCUUCAUUAAAGGAAUAUUAAUCCAUG